AUGGCGAACCCGCCGCCCUUGCGAGUGCGCCAAAACUACCACCAUGACAGCGAGGCCGCCGUCAACAUCCAGAUCAACCUGGAGCUCCACGCCUCGUACGUGUACCUGUCGAUGGCCUACUACUUCAACAAGGACGACGUGGCCCUGAAGCACUUCUUCCAGCUGUUCCUGAAGCUGUCGCGCCGGGAGAGGGAGCGCGCUGAGAGGCUGAUGCAGCUGCAGAACCAACGUGGAGGCCUCAUCCGCUUUCGCGACAUCAAGCAGCCAGACCGCGACGACUGGGAGAGCGGCCUGAAGGCCGUGGAGUGUGCCCUCCACCUGGAGAAGAGCAUCAACCAGAGCCUGCUCGAUCUGUACCAGCUGGCCACCAACAGGAACGAUGCCCAUCUCUGCCACUUCCUGAAGAGUCACUGCCUUAAGGAGCAAGUCAAGUCCAUCCAAGAGUUGGGGGACCAUCUCACCAGCCUGCGCAAGGUGGGGGUCCCAGAAGACGGCCUGGCAGAGUACCUCUUCGACAAGCUCUCCCUUGGGGACAGUGACAAGAACUGA